CUAAAAUCAUGCUAUUUCUACCUUCCUUCCAUUUUCCCCCUUUGUCUCUCCCUCUCCCUCUCCCUCUCCCUACAACUACAGAAGCCUCUCACCAGAUUAUAUUGGUAAGUUAUUUAGUAGGAGAGAGGGAGAGUUGCAGGCAGGAGGUGUUACUGUUCGUAUUGAUCACCACCUGGCAAUUCACAAGAGCUUCAUACAUCCAGGUGGUGGAUUCUCCUCUAUUUCAAGAAACCACUCUUAUUAGAUUUUCCCUUAUUUUAAUUUUCAUCAAAAAAAUCUAUAUCCAAAUCCAAAUCCCCAGAUUUUCGAUCCCCACCCACCACCCUGCUCCUCCAACCGGAAUUUCUCUGCACUCUACCGAUCAAGCCUGAAACUUUUAACAAAAGAAAAAAAAAACCUGAAGAGUUCUGUUUCCUGCUGCACAUUUAUUGGGAGUUGGAGGUGGGUUAUCUUAAAGAUUGGAUUUUGGGAGGAUUCCACGCUAAGAUUCUUCAUCUUCUCCCCAAAUUUUUUCAACUGGGGUUCAUUUUCUAUUUUACUGACCAUUUCGAAGGAUUGGGAUCAUUUGAAAAGAGAAAAAAGAAAAAAAAAUCUAAUCUUGAAUUGGGGAAGUGAGAUGGUGGGUGGAAAUCUGUUUCAUUACAGAAAGAAUUCAUGGCCACCGGAAGAAUACAUUAAUCGAUCAACUUUGCAGUUGUUUGAUGUUGAUGGUUCUGCCCCUCCCGAGCACGCAUUGAGGAGAAAAUUGAAUAGCCAUGCCAGCAUUCUUAAAGAAUUCAGCAUCACAUUUAGAGAAGCCAUACAAAUGAUUCGACUUGGAAUACGACUAUGGCAUUACGUACGGGAAGAAGCAUCCCAUGGAAGAAAAGCACCCAUAGACCCUUUUACUCGAGAACAUUGCAAACCCUCAGCAUCACAAGGUGUUCCUCUAGGUGGGAUGGGGAGUGGUAGCAUAUCUAGAGGCUUCAGGGGGGAAUUCAGGCAUUUUCAAAUACUUCCUGGUACAUGCGAGACUGCACCGGUGAUGGCCAAUCAAUUCUCUAUCUUCAUAUCUCGUGAUGGAGGAAACAAGAAGUAUUCAUCGGUUUUAUCUCCUGGCCGACAUGAGGGCUUAGGAAAGCCAAGUGAUCAAGGUAUAUCAUCAUGGGGUUGGAACUUAAAUGGUCAGCAUUCUACAUAUCAUGCUCUAUUCCCCAGGGCGUGGACAGUUUAUGACGGUGAACCAGACCCUGAGCUGAAAAUAUCCUGUAGGCAGAUAUCACCAUUUAUACCUCAUAAUUAUCGAGAGAGCAGCCUUCCCACAUCUGUAUUUGUGUACACUUUGGUGAAUACCGGGAAGGAGAGGGCAAAAGUUAGCCUAUGUUUUACGUGGGCGAAUUCUAUUGGAGGCACCUCACAUCUAACAGGGGAACACGUCAACGAGCCAUUUAUAGGUGAAGAUGGAGUAUCAGGCGUGCUGCUACAUCACAAGACGGCAAAAGAUAACCCUCCCGUGACUUAUGCAAUUGCUGCCUGUGAAACUCAAAAUGUGAGUGUCUCAGUCUUGCCUUGUUUUAGCCUGAAUGAAGGAAGUUGCAUGACAGCAAAAGAUAUGUGGGACAAAAUGGCACAGGAUGGCCACUUUGACCGAGAGAACUCGAACAAGGGACCUAGCAUGCCGUCGUCACCUGGGGAGACCCAUUGCGCUGCAGUUUCUGCUUCUACAUGGGUUGAGCCUCAUGGAAAGUGCACAAUCGCAUUUGCUGUUUCUUGGUCAUCUCCUAAAGUUAAAUUCUGCAAAGGGAAGUCCUACCAUAGGAGGUAUACUAAAUACUAUGGCACUUCUAAAAAUGCAGCCAAGGAUCUGGUCCACGACUCUCUAACAAAGUAUAUGUUGUGGGAAGAAGAAAUCGAAAAAUGGCAGAACCCUAUUCUUAAAGAUGAUAAACUGCCGGAAUGGUAUAAAUUUACUCUGUUCAAUGAGCUCUAUUUUCUAGUUGCCGGUGGAACAGUUUGGAUUGACUCAGGCUCACCGAUGGAGGAUUCAGUUGGUAUCAAGUCCGUGAUUACGAACAGCAAAAAAUCGAAAAAGAAACAUGUACGUAUAGUUCACAAAUCAGCUGGACUUGUAAAUGAGUCCGCUGUUGAGGAUUCUGAGGCCUCUGUAGAUAUUGAUCCAAGCGGAGGUGGAGAUACGGCUCUAAGAGAAUCUUCAGACAAAGAAGAGUCGGGCUCUUGUGGGAGUGGUGGUGGAGGGAACUCCCUUGGGACUUCCCCUAUCAAGUCGACACAGCCCGUGAACGAUGAUGAUAAUGAUGUAGGGAAGUUUUUGUAUUUGGAGGGCGUCGAGUAUAUCAUGUGGUGCACGUACGACGUCCACUUCUACGCGUCAUUUGCGCUUCUUGAGCUGUUUCCAAAGAUCGAGCUCAGCAUACAACGGGAAUUCGCAAACGCCGUGCUGUUUGAGGACAGACGGAAAGUUAAGUUUUUAGCGGAGGGGAAUCACGGAAUCCGUAAGGUGAAAGGAGCCGUUCCUCACGAUCUUGGAACUCACGACCCGUGGCACGAGAUGAACGCAUACAACAUACAUGACACGAGUAGGUGGAAAGAUCUUAACCCGAAGUUUGUUCUUCAGGUGUACCGAGACUUUGCUGCAACGGGGGAUCUUUCUUUUGGAGCAGAGGUCUGGCCUGCUGUCUGCGCGGCAAUAGACUACAUGGACCAAUUUGAUAGGGACAAUGACGGUAUGAUCGAAAACGAUGGGUUCCCGGAUCAAACAUACGAUGCCUGGACCGUUCACGGCAUCAGUGCUUACUGUGGUUCCUUAUGGCUCGCCGCGCUUCAAGCUGCCGCGACGAUGGCCGUCCAGCUAGGCGACCACGCCUUCGCCGAAAAGUGCAAGAACAAAUUCAUAAAGGGGAAAGCCGUAUUCGAGGAGAAGUUAUGGAACGGGUCGUAUUUCAACUACGAUAGCGGGUCUAGCAGUAACAGUAAAUCCAUCCAAGCCGAUCAGCUCGCGGGACAAUGGUACACGGCUGCAUCGGGCUUGCCUGAUCUUUUCAACGACCGGAAGAUCCGAAGCGCGCUCCAGAAGAUCCAUGAUUUCAACGUCAUGAAAGUCCAAGGAGGAAGGAUCGGGGCCGUUAACGGGAUGCAUCCGAGCGGUAAGGUAGAUGAAUCAUGCAUGCAAUCCCGGGAAGUGUGGACGGGAGUAACAUAUGCCGCGGCUGCUACCAUGAUCCACGCCGGAAUGACGGAGCAGGCUUUCACCACCGCCGAAGGCAUAUUCCUAGCCAGCUGGUCGGACGAGGGAUACGGGUAUGCUUUCCAGACUCCAGAAGGCUGGACGACUGACGGCCACUUCCGUUCCCUCAUAUACAUGAGGCCGCUCGCCAUAUGGGCGAUGCAAUGGGCUUUGUCCUCGUCGAAGACGAUCAGGGAAGCCCCUGUGGUCGUGGCGAUGGAUAGAUCGCACGUACCCUCCGAUACUGCAAAUCCCUCAUGCAACGAGUGUGGCACGAAGAAGAUAGCGAAGAAGCCGUGGUGCUUUGGCAAUGCUGUAUUUCACUGUUCGUGCUGACUGGCCGACAUGAAACAUGUACGUAGUCUCUAAACUCAUCUAUGAAGAGGGAGAGGGAUUUGGGAGGAAGUGCAAAGAUGGGAACCUAAUUUUACUGCAUUUGUAUGACAAUUGUAAUUCAUUCAUUUUUAACAAUGCAAAGUCGAAUUCUAGUUCAAA